AUGCAUGAAAGUAUAGAUGACAUAUGUAAAGCUAUUGAUACAAAUUUAUUGCGUAAUUUAGAGUUAAUGGAAGAGAAGAUUAAUAUUAAUAUCCAAAUGGAAAGAACAUUACGCGAUGGUUACAUUGAAUUAGCUAAAGCCAAAUAUAUACAUGGCAAAGAAAAUAUAAGUAUUUUACAGGUUCCUGUUGAUGUUGAAAGUGUACAUACAUUAUUUCAAUUAGAAACAAAAUUAAAUGAAAAAACUGGCAAAAUAAUCCCAAAUUUUGACAUAAGCUUAAACAAAUUCAAUAGCAGUGGAAAUGAGAUUCAAGACCCUAUAGAAUGGUUUGGUAUAUUAGUUCCAAAGAGUUUACGCUUUGCACAGAAACGUUUUCAAGAAUCUCUUUAUCUUAUCGUAAGAGCAGCAAAUUUACAAGCAGAAAUUACUUCUGUAAUAGAUAAAUUACAAUCCUUAUAUUUUUUAAAACAUAAUUCUUGUUCAACAAAUGUCAAUAAUAAAUAA